UUCUUAAGCAGAUUUUGGGCAGAAGCUCCUCUCAUGUGGCACUAAUUGCAAUGAUUGGUGGAGGGGGUGUUGUGAGCGCACUCUGGCUGACUCGGGCUUAUCUGCUAGGGGCUAAGCCAGGGGAGGAAGGGAGGAAAAACGGGGAGAAGGGAGGAAAGGGAAAAGAAAAAAAAAAAAAAAAAAAGGAGGGGAAGGGAAAAAAAGAAAGCAAGAAAAAAAAAAAAAGCCUAGCUUAGCUUCACUCUGUUUGGGCUCAGGGCUCCCGGCCAUCUGUCCGCGCUCGGGCGGCACGGAGGGAGCCGGCUGGCUGCAGCCCCGCGCAAGGGCGGCACGGAGGGAGCCGGCUGCGCAGCCCCACGGGAGGAAGGGAGCGGCGUGGGGCUCCGGCCGGGCUCGGGAACCCGCUCAGCAGGUGGGUACCGCUGCCUCUGCCCCGCGCAGGGGUGCGAGAGGGGAGCGAGUAGGCAAGGAGAAACUCUCUGCCGCUUUCUGGUGGUGUAGCGCGGCCGAUGAGGGGGUGCUGCGUGCCGGGGGUGGGUUUUUGGGGGGUUUGCUUUGUUUUGAAGCUUGCAGGAGCCGAGCAUGCCCCUUUUGCGGGUGCUUUAGGGGCUGAGUUUGACUCCUCUGCCUGCCCGGGAUGGGCUGCGAUGGGCAAAGUCUUUAAAAGCUCGAAACCAACAAGUUGGUGUGGACGUGAUUUGUGUGGGGAUGGGGCCGGUUUCUCGUCCGCACAAGUGAGCUGCGCUAAAAUAUCUGUGAGGGACUGUCAGUCGGGAAGCGUGCGCUUCCCCUGGGUGAGUAACCCCGCCUGGGCCGGCAGCUCCAGGGUUUAAAUGCGAUAAUAUAAUCUGGAGACUGGUGUGUGGGGUGGGGGGCUGUCCCCGGUUAAUAGUUUCCUGCAAGUUUAAUGUGAAAUGGGGAAAGGCCGAGGAAAACCGCAGGGGCUGCAGAGGGGUUAGAAAGAUAGAGGCUAACAAGUUUCUGACGUACUGUAAACCAGCAUCACUGUCAAAAGCAAGCGAGCUGGAAUAUUGUCCCGUAUUUUGGGUGUGUUGGCACUGGAAGUUGCUUCCUUUUAUUUAGUUGGUAACGUUUUUAGAGGCUUUUGUUUGUUUGUUUGUUUGAAGUUGCUAAUGUAAACAGCCCAAGUAAACUAUCAUAUAUUGUUGUUCUGCGCGGUGUGCAAUGGGGGGAACAGUGAACUUCAAAGUGUGUUUUUCUUAAAGAAAAGUUGGGAAAUACAGGGUAGCUUUAUGGUGACUGUAAUAAGAGAGGACUCUGGACUUCAUGCCUCUUUUUUAUUAUUAUUAUUAUUAUGAAUAAUAUUAUUGUUUGUAAAGAUGCAAGAAGUUGUGUUACUAUGCGCCGAAAACUAUGCUUUCAUCUGUUUAAUACAUCUGCUAGAACAUCCUAUUACACUGGAUACAGUUAUGUUUAGUGUACAACUUCUGUUUGUGUUUCUGAUAACUCUUCUAGUACCACUGGAAAAAUAGACACUCAGUUAACACGUAUUACCUAAUCAUAUUUUAGCAGUUCUUGUGUAGAUUAUAGACAGCAAAAUGCAGUUAUAGCUGGAAAUUGCUGUGCAUGUCUAUCUUCAAAUGGUAAAAAAAAAUACUAAAUUUCUGUUAGAAGUGUGCAUACCAUCCAGUCUAGCUGUCAGUCUUGUUUGUUUCUUUUAUACGCAGUUUUGGAAGCAGAAUAGUAAAAAAUGGAGUUGAGCAGCUGGUAAUCCAUUGUCCAACGCUUAUCCCUAAAAAGAUUCUUGGUGCAUCAGCCAUCGCUGAGGAUGGUUCAAAAUGGAAUCCAGGAAUCGGCCAUACUAAAGUCAGACAAGAGCUUAUAAAAAUAAACUGAAAAGCUGUGGCUUGCCUACCCAUAAACCUCUUAAUAAAUACAUCAUCUACCUAGUCUUCUACUCAUUGUAUUCAAGAAAAGGAAAAACUUGAUCAUGCGGCUAUUACUCUAUACCUUCUUAAUCUAUAAUCAGGUGAACAAAAUAUUUUUACUUUCCUUACCAUCUGAAAUAGCCGGUUUCUUACAAAAGACCUUACCCGCUUUCUUUCUCUCAUCUGUGUCUGUGCUGCAAAAAUAAGCCCUCAAGAAUAUAACUGUUUGUUUUACUGGUUCUGUUCCUUAUCACUCUUGGUCUUCAAUUUAUGCUGGAUUGAAUAUUUCUGUAAUAAUGAAGUCAGUUGCCAUUACUUCCUUCAAGGACCAUGUUUAAAAAAUCUAUAGGAUGUGUGCAGUAUGGUAAAGCGUAGCGACAUGGAUAUAUUAAUUUUAUUCUUACAUGGCUCAAUAUAUUUUUCUUGUUACUUCAGAGAAGCUAGGAACAUGAUAAAUGCUCCAUUAGUGGUAUUGGUAAGAAAUACAUUAACGCAAGUGUGCAGUCAGUAAGAAAGCGCUUUUAUUUGAAAGCCUUCUCAUAACAGACAUCGUACUAAUAAUCUUAAUGAGCAACCUGUGCUGCAUAUCUUCGGUGUUAGAUCAGAUUUGCUUUUAGGUACUUUGUAAAUACAUUUUUUUUAUUCAGGAUAACUGAAUUUCUGCCAGGUGUCCAGGCUCGUUGUUUCCUUUCAGGCUUUGCAGCCUCUGAAUGCCACAGGAAUUUGCUGGGCGAAGGACUGGGUGUGCAUGGGGUAGGCAUUUCAGGAUGCAGCUCUUCUCGGAAAUCAGCCUCGGUAUUGUAGAGUAUUGAGGUCUGAUAUUAAUGUAAAGCGAAAUGUGGUAUUAAAAAUAUAAGUCAAAUCCGAAGGCUGCUGUGUUGGUUGGAUACUCAAGAGCAAACUGGAAUAUCCUUCUCCAACAGAUUACUGAGAAUGCGGUUGAUUAAGUGAAUAGAAAAAGAAAAAAAAAAAAGAGAAAAAGGAAAAACGAAGCUGCUUUCAAGUAUUGAAGAUACAAGGCCAGGAUGAACACGAAGGACACGAAAGUGACUGAAGGAGGUCUCAAUGUCACGCUUACCAUACGCCUUCUCAUGCACGGCAAGGAGGUUGGAAGCAUUAUCGGAAAGAAAGGUGAGACCGUUAAGAAGAUGAGGGAGGAGAGUGGUGCUCGAAUCAAUAUUUCAGAAGGCUCCUGUCCAGAGAGAAUUGUGACAAUAACAGGCCCAACAGAUGCAAUUUUUAAAGCUUUUUCUAUGAUUGCACUAAAAUUUGAAGAGGACAUAAAUGCUUCAAUGACAAACAGCACGGUGACAAGCAAACCACCUGUAACGCUGCGGCUCGUCGUCCCGGCAAGUCAGUGUGGAUCCCUUAUAGGAAAAGGAGGCUCCAAAAUCAAAGAAAUCAGGGAGUCCACAGGAGCCCAGGUGCAGGUAGCGGGGGACAUGCUGCCAAACUCGACGGAGCGCGCAGUGACUAUAUCGGGCACUCCCGACGCCAUUAUCCAGUGCGUGAAACAGAUAUGCGUGGUAAUGCUGGAGUCCCCACCCAAAGGUGCCACCAUCCCCUACCGUCCCAAACCUGCCUCUGCACCUAUCAUUUUUGCAGGUGGCCAGGUAAGAGCAGACACCAUUUUGGCUUCAGCUGGAAACCACACCGUCUUGGCCCAACCUCAGCCAGCGCCUGCGUUCACGAUUCAGGGGCAGUAUGCCAUCCCUCAUCCAGACGUGAGUCCAGCGCAUUUGACCAAGCUUCACCAGUUGGCUAUGCAGCAUCCCCCCUUUACUCCCCUUGGGCAGACCACCCCUGGUUUCCCUGGACUGGAUGCCACUACUCCAACCAGUUCCCAUGAACUUACUAUUCCCAAUGAUUUAAUAGGCUGCAUUAUUGGCAGACAAGGCAGUAAGAUAAAUGAAAUCAGGCAGAUGUCAGGAGCGCAGAUCAAGAUUGCUAAUGCCACAGAAGGCUCCGCAGAACGACAAGUUACAAUCACAGGAUCCCCUGCAAACAUCAGCUUAGCACAGUACCUCAUUAACGCAAGCUUAGAGAUGGCUAAAGUCAGCACCCAGACCGCUUCCGUCACGACCCCUGUUGACCUCAACAUGAACCUCUCUCAGUCUGCCACCCCUACCUCCACCCCCACCUCCAUGGCCGUGCUGGCGGCCGCCUCCGCCGUUACCGUCAGUACCCCCCCUCCCCUACCAACUCUGCCAACCACCCACUAUGCCGUUCCUGUCUCCAGUCUGCUUGGCAUGAAAACUGUCCCACUCCUGGCACUAAAUGCCGCGGCCGCCGCGGGGGCCACGGGGAGUUUGUCCGCUUACACUGCCAAAAUUCCUUCGACGAGCGGGGUUAAGAAAUCUGACCGCCAGAAGUUUGCUCCAUAUUGAAGGGAUGAGACACAAUGCAAGCUUUGCCAGCUCUACCAAGAGUCUGUGGUAGAUCCUAGUUAUCAAGGAAACAAUACGGCAUCUUUUAUUUUCUGUUAAAUUGCUAGUGUUAACUGUUGCCGACUCAAGUCGUCUUCCGCUCUCCAUAACGACUAACACCCGGGCACCACCUAACAACUAGUUCCAACAGCGAGCGGGCGCCUUGACACCGUCCCGACGCCGGGACCAUGGCCCGGGCUGGCCCUCCGGCAGCCCCGCAGCACGGCAGGGUGCCCCUGCCCCAGCAGGGAGACACCUGGCGAGGAAAAAAAAAAACCAUAAAUCUAGCAAAAUUUUGACAGCUGGGUCCUGCCCCGGCAAUACUGCCUGGCAUAUAAAUACGGUUACAGCCAUUUGAAGGGAUCCCUCCAACUGCAGAACAAUUUCCUAUGGCAAAUUGGCACCGCUGAUAGUUUUUUUCUAUUGCUAGAGCCCGCAAAUCUGGCACUUCUGAUGAUUGCCAGCGCCCCUGAAAUCCCACCUGAAGUGCUGGCGCCCCACAGUCACUCUGUUGCUCUCGACAGGGCUGAAGACUCCCGUCUCCCCUCCCCGACACCUGCCUGCGAGCAGG